AUGGGCUCUGAAGAAUCAAACAACAUAUGUGCUUAUAAAAGAACAAUUUCUCUCGCUAAAAUCUAUAUCGUGUUACUAGUGAAAACUGCGAUGCUGCGCUACAGCCGACUUUGCUUCCCUAAGAUGGGAUGUGAGGAGAUCAAACGCAAGGCAAGGCGCGUGCAGUUGCAGCCGACAGAAUAUUUGGCUCAGCAUCGCAUGCAGGUUUGGCAACUUCGAUUCAAGGAAAUGGGACCACCAUUUUCGAGGGUGUGGGUGGCACUUGGUGGAAAGAUGAGGCGCCGGCGUGUUGGGCGGCAAGUGGAUGUAAAGGACAUGCGUUACUAUUGGAGGCCUAUAGAGCCACAGUAUCAGCGGCUCUACAUGUCUCGGCUGCGCAUUCGUGAUCAUUCAAAUAAAUUAAGGCAGCCCAUGCGUCUUCGCGCUACCAACGCCGAUAUUGGGUCUGGGAGUAGCUCUAUUGAAUGGGAGAGAGCUUCUAAUAGAAAGUACGGAGCGAUGUUAGCGCCCCCGAAGCGACAAGACUUUGAAUUCCGUGUUGUUUAG